AUGAAUGGACUGGUGGAUCUAAAUAACAAGAGUUUAUCACAACCGGCAACUCCGCCGAGAUCUUCUCCAAACACUACUAUUGAUCAUUCACAAUCACUUCCAAAUUCUAUUCUUCGAGGAAGUAGAAGAACAUCAAUAUAUAACAUCCCAUUACCACCACAUGGAUUAUCUGAAGCUACUACAUUUUUAUCACAACAACUACAACAUCAAUUAAGUGAAAGAGGGAGAAGUAGAUCGAGACAUAGUACACACAAUACUACUUCAAAUCAUGGUUCUGUGACCCCUAAGCUGCGUCGAUCAGUAACUCCAAAUAGUCGAAUGUCUUUGACACCAAUACGAUCCAGACGUAACAGUAGAAGAAGGUCCUCCAUAAUUAUAACAAAGACAGGAGAAAAAUUGUAUGAACCAAACUAUCAAGGUCCCAUUACUAUAGAUUAUUUGAAGUUUUUCUGUAAAACACUGAUCCAAAAUCAAGACAAAAUAAAUCAGCAACAGCAACAACAGCGACAGCAACAGUUGGGGGAACCAUUUGUUGAUACUCGUGAUUUGGUUACAUCUGAAGAAAGAAACGAUAGUAGGAUUUCAGAAACAAGUAAACACGUUACUCAAGAAAGCACAAAUGUCGUAUCACCGUUCGAGAAGAAUGAAUCAAACUCACCACUACAGAUACAAGAAGAGUUUAGUCAAUCUCUAAUAAUUCCAUCUAAUAAUGACAAUAUUUUGGAAUCUUUGGAUGAAACAAAACAAGAUGUAAAUGAUGUUGUAUUGCAAGAACAGCACUCACACAUUGAUGAAAUGCCGCAACAUGAUAAAGAUUCCCCUGAGAAACCUAAACCAUUGUCAUAUUUACAAAAGAUUUUGUUAGCAAAAAGCAAAAAGAGUUCCUUGAUUAGUAGGAAAACAUCUGACGAAACCCCAACCAAAGAAGUUGUACCCAAGUUGGAUGAUCUUAAACAAUCUGAGGAGAAUGAUGCGCUGACUGUUGAUACUGGAAAGCAAGAUAGCCAGUUUGAACAGGAUAAUGGUGAAAUUAUUGAUAAGAUAGAUCAUUUUGCUAUUCAGGAUAAUUCCAAGAUUUCAAAUUCGAUAUUCCCAGAUUGGAGGGAUAACUCGGAAAGUGCAGGUGCAAGUGCAGGUGCAACAACAAUUUCUAACACGCUGUCAAAUAAUGUGAACACUAAAGGGCCAUCAACAGACAUUUUGAAUGAUUUGGAAUCUGCAGAGGAUAAUCAAACAACUGUAGUUGGUGAUUCUAUAAAGGAUUUCGAGCCUGACAAGGAGGAUCGAGUACCUGUUACUACAUCUUCUACUGAAAGUAAUGGUCAACAAACUGAAACUGUUGAAUUGGCAAAGUCUCAAUCUGAUGAACUAAAUACGAAAGAAAAUGAGAAUGAAGGCUCUAACGAAAUUGAUUGGAACAUACAAGAACCAGAUUUUGCAUUGAUGGAUGAUGAAGUGCCGCUGCAAGAGCCAACACCAACGAAUGAAAUUGAAGAGAUGAAUGAACCCCAUGAAUCAUCCUCACACGAGGAUGACAUCACUCCUCCCUUGACUAAUACACAAGAAGGUGGCUCAUUAUCAAUGGCCAAGGACCAGGUCACUCCCGAAAACUUGUUUAUCUCCGAUCAACAGUUGAUAGAUGAAGAAGCUCUGGAUGCAUCAGAGAACGAAAUUAUUCAAGACGAAUUUUUUGUUGAUAACGACCAACUGGCGUCUAUAUUUGAAGGAAUAGACGACGACAUUGAAGAAGAUGAAUCAACUGAUGAUAAUGAUCAAGAAUUUGGACUUGAACCCGGUAAAAGCAAUAGGGUACACUUAACUCGAAUCAUACCACAGAAAAGAAAACAAUCUCCAGUAUCAUCAACUGGUGUGGAUGUUAGUAUCAGAGAUGUCUCAUAUAUUGUGAAAUCCAUUCAAGCACAUAAAUCUUUAAACACAAACUUACCCCUGAGAAAGAAAUUUAAAAAGCCUAAAUCAUUGCUGAGAGAAAUAGUAAAAUCAAUACAGGAAAAAUCAAAUGAGUUUCUCGACACAUUAAUGGAUGAUUUGAAAAGUUAUGCUGAACAUCGACAAUCGCAAACAGUGGAUAUGAAAGAUGUAUUAUUAUAUUUACAAAGAAUAAACUUUGCUGGCAAAGGUAGUUCUACAAAUGAAACUGAAAUUGACCGUAUUUCUGAAUUGGCUCAAAAAUUUUUGCCUCUAGAAAACUUAAUUGCAUUGGAUAAUGAUUUAUAUGAUACUAUUUCUCCACAAAAGAAAAGGCAAAAAUAA